GCAAAAAAGAGGAACGAACGAACGUCGGUUCUCUUCUCAAUUCAACACUUGUUCAAUUUUAUUGCGUUUGCGGUUCUUUUCUACACAAAAAAUCAAACAAACCGACGCAUUCAAACUUAAAUAAUUAACAACUGUGAUCAAAAAACAUUUACACACAACAACAAAUUAGAGCGGAAUUUCAUCAAAUUAGGCCACAGCGAAACACCACACAUUCUUAAUUCCGGUCCUCAACUCGCACAAAAGUUUGUGCCCAGUGUCAACAAUAUACUGUGAACAUUGUUCUCUGCAGCUCUCAAGGUGCAAACUUCAGCAGCGAAUUAAAACAAUUUGGAACCAACAACAACAAGCAAUAUUUUUGUGCAUUACAAAUUAUACCAGCAGCGCCCAUACAGGCAUCAGCAACAACAAUAGCUAAAAAGACCCUAUCCAUAGCCAAGUUCCGUAUUUGAACAACAACCAGAUCGGAAAGACAUCAAGUCCAAGUUGUUGAGAAUUCACACAUUCAAGCAUAAUCACGGAAGAACCACAAAAGCAAUAGAAAAGGAGCAAGAACCAACAUCCCAGUAGCCCCAAAACGCUUGUAAUUUAGCAAUGGUCAUGGAUGCGACUCAAUCGCAGCAGCCUUCGCCCCAAUCGGUGGGACGCGAAUUUGUGCGUCAAUAUUAUACGCUGCUUAACAAGGCCCCAAAUCAUUUGCAUCGCUUCUAUAACAAUAACUCAUCGUUCAUACAUGGAGAUUCGACUCUGGUAGUUGGUCAGCGAGAGAUUCACAAUCGCAUCAAGCAGCUGAACUUCAACGAUUGUCACGCCAAGAUUAGCCAAGUAGAUGCGCAGGCUACUCUUGGCAAUGGCGUGGUUGUCCAGGUGACGGGUGAGCUGUCCAACGAUGGUCAACCAAUGCGUCGCUUUACCCAGACGUUCGUUCUGGCUGCCCAGUCGCCCAAGAAGUACUAUGUGCACAACGACAUCUUCCGCUAUCAGGACAUGUACAUCGAGGACGAGCAAGAUGGGGAGUCGCGUUCGGAGAAUGAUGAGGAGCACGAGGUUCAGGUCGUGGGUAGUGCCAACGAUCAGCCCAUUCAGGUGGUUGGUGAUGUCACCCAAGCGCUGCAAUCUCCUGGUCAAGUGCUACCCCAGCAGCAGCAACAGCAGCAGCCGGCUCAACAACCACAGCAGGUAGCUCCCAAUACUGGUGGUGGUGCAGCACCGCAGAUCUUCUAUCCCGUAACUGUGCUGCCAGCCGCUCCGCAGGCAGCUGCUGUGCCUAUGCCCGCGCAAUUUACGAUUCAGCCCGUACAAAAUGGCGUGGUUGCGCAUGAUGAGUUGCCACAGCAGCCACAACCACCGCAAGCUAUGGUGCCUCCAAAUACCACGCCAUUGGUGCAGCAGCAACAGCAGAGUGGGCCAGUUGCCGGUUCUAACACGCCCGUGAUGAGUUCUAGCGUUGGUUUGGCCUCUGUACCCCCCGCGGGCUUCCAGCAAACACCGCUCGUGCCGCCGCAGGUACUGCAGCAGCAGCAACAACAACCACAGCAGCUACCCCAACAGCCCCUUCUACAGCCAGAAAUCGAGGAUAAUGUAGUGCCCACCAGUGAGGUUCCGCCUCGUCAACUGCAGAAGGCACCUACGCCUGUCGAAGAUUUCAAGACUAUACACGAACAGCAACAGCAGGAGAAAUACGAGGCUGCCAAGCAGCAGCAGAACGAACCGAAGACCUAUGCCAAUCUCUUCAAGUCUACAUCCUCUUCUCCAAGUGGCUUCGUCAAUGCAGCAUUGCAACAGCAACAACAACUGCAGCAGCAACAGCAGCAGCAGAAUAUAAACAAUGUCUAUUCUUCGUCUAGCGGCGGCGGUGGUAACAAUGCUGUCAGCUACUCGACCACAGCUUCGUCCUACAACAACACCAACAAUAACAACAACAGCGGUGCGCGAGUAGACAAUGGUGGUCCCAUGCCCCAACGUAACAAUUCCAUCAGAAACAACAAGGACUUUGAGCAGCGUCGUCCAAGCAACGCCCAAUUCGGGGACAACCAGCAACUGUUUCUGGGAAAUAUUCCGCAUCAUGCGUCCGAGGAGGAGCUGCGUGGGCUGUUCUCACGCUUCGGUAAUAUCAUUGAGCUGCGAAUUCUGUCUAAGGUAGGCAGCAAAGUGCCACCCGGUAUGCGAAGUCCCCUUAACUAUGGCUUCAUCACAUUUGAUGAUCCCGAGGCGGUGCAGAAGUGUCUGGCUAAUGGCCCCCUGUACUUCCCCGAGAACUCCCCGGAUGCACAGAAAUUGAAUGUAGAGGAAAAGAAGCCACGCAUGCGCAAUGAUUUGCCCCCACGCCAAAAUAUGGGCGGCAACAAUAUGAAUAGCAUGGGCCGGGGCGGUGGCCUGGGAGGUAACAAUGGUCCCCAAUCGAGACCCAUGGGCGGCAACAACAACGGAGGUGGUGGCAUGCUUCGUAACAAUCCUGGCAAUGCAGGGAAUAAUAUGCGCACUGGCGGCGGUGGCGGUAAUGGUGGUCCACGCUUGGGCGGCGGCAAUGGCGGCGGUUUCAACAACCGCAAUGACAACCGCAGUGGUGGUGGCAACUCCGCUAAUGGACCGCUGCGCGGUGCUGGUAAUGGACAAAGCGGUAGCGGCGGUGGCAACUAUGGACGUCGUUAAGGCUAAUGAAAUGUUGCUCUAACCAUAUCCAUUAUCAAAAUAUUUAACAUCAAAAUAGAAAAGCUGGCGCUGUGCGGCCGCAUUCGAGUUAGGAGCAGCGUCAUAACCCCAAUGUUGAAUGCAUCGACUUCUUCCAUAAAGCAAACAAACGGCAUCAAACAUCUACAUCAAUCAUACAACCUUCAAUCAAGCGUAAUGCGUUCAACACCACCAGAUUACAUAAUUACGUAGCAGCUGUAACAGCAAUGAUGGCAGCGGCAAAAGAAUAAUAACUGCGCUGCUCACCACCAUGAGAAAAACCACAACAGAACAACGAUAGCAGAGACGGACCAUUUUCAAGCUAGAGAGUUUUUAUAAGUUCUACUGAGUUUAAUUUUCGACCAUAUUAAAUUCAGUUCGUCGUCUCUGCUGCACUCGUUCCAAGCCGUUCCAUCCAGUUCGUGCCAAAAAAAAAACAAGCUACAUUUGUGCAAAUUAACGUUGUAACAAACAAAAAAACACAAAGUGGGAAAAAUUGAAACGAAAAAGACGCUGCAUCUUACUCGACUUCAUUUGCAAAUAACACACGUUAUUUUUAAGUCUCAAAUAAAGAAUCAUAAUAAAGCCCACCCUCAUCACACACACACACAAUCUGUACACAGACAUGCAAACAAACAAAAGAAAAACUACUACACAUAAUAAUUUAGCAUAAAUAAAUGUAACCUUUAAUUUCAAA